CCGUCGCCCGGAGCAACUGCGACGUCCGGCUUUGAGUGUGGCGGCGGGAAACCAUGAGUAAAGGCCGGGCAGAAGCGGCGGCGGGAGCCCCCGCGAUCCUCCUGAGGUACCUGCAGGAGCAGAACCGGCCCUACAGCGCCCAGGACGUGUUCGGGAACCUGCAGCGGGAGCACGGGCUGGGCAAGGCGGCGGUGGUGAAGGCGCUGGAGCAGCUGGCGCAGCAGGGCAAGAUCAGGGAGAAGGCGUACGGCAAGCAGAAGAUCUACUUCGCGGACCAGGCCCAGUUGGACACCGUGAGUGACGCUGACCUCCAAGGCCUGGACGCCAAAAUCGUGGCCCUGACAGCGAAGGUGCAGAGCUUGCAACAGAGCUGCCGCCACAUGGAAGCUGAGCUGAAGGACUUAUCGAGUGCCCUGACCACGCCGGAGAUGCAGAAGGAGAUCCGGGAGUUGCAGGAGGAGUGUGCGGGCUACCGAGAGAGGCUGCAGAACAUCAAAGCAGCCGCCAACCACGUGACUCCGGAGGAGAAAGAGGAGGUCUACAAGGAGAGACAGAAGUACUGCAAGGAGUGGAGGAAGCGGAAGCGCAUGGCAACAGAGCUGUCCGAUGCGAUCCUGGAAGGAUACCCCAAGAGCAAGAAGCAGUUCUUUGAGGAAGUUGGGAUAGAGACAGACGAAGACCAUGACGUCAAGCUCCCAGACCCCUGAGGGCCUCCCCCAGGCCUGAGGACAGGCAAUGAAAGCUGGGCUGGAACGGCUGCCUUCUUCAGCUUGGCCUUUGUUGUUCCCCACCGUGAGCAAAGCAGCCCGGAGGAAGGCACCAGUGUACUGGGUGGAGGGCGUGGACGGUCACGCCCAUGUCACUGACGUUUAAGACCCAACAGUGCUAAAGGAAAGCAUUUGGCAAUAUUUAUUGUAAU